CAAGUCGGUGUUCCACGCCUGCCGACGGAGGGCGCAGCGGUCGGCUGGGAGCCCGUGCCGCGCUCGCAGCGGCCAAUCAGCUGCUUCAGGGGGACCUGCCCCCGGAGGACCUCUUACUGGGAAGGGCAGCAGAGAAGUCGGCGGCAAAGAACGGAGAGCUGAGCGUGGACGACUUCGUGCUCAUGAUGGCCGACGCCCUGACGGAGACGACCCACUGGGGCAGCCUGAAGACCGACGUGGCCGGCUACGUGGGCAUCGACACGCUCCAGGAGCAGAUACGGAAGAAGGUCCUCAGGCGAGGGUUCGAGUUCAACAUCGUGGUCGUCGGAAGGAGUGGCCUUGGAAAGUCAACGCUCAUCAACACCCUCUUCAAGGCCAACAUCAGCCGGAGGUCGUGCACGAAGAAAGGAUCCGAAGGAACAGAGCCGGCCCCUUACAUCAUUCCCAAGACAACUGAAGUCAAAUCAGUGAGCCAUGUAAUCGAAGAGAAGGGCACAAGGCUUCGGCUGACUGUCACAGAUACGCCAGGCUUUGGUGACCAGAUUAACAAUGAGAACUGCUGGCUGCCCAUUCUGGAGUACAUCAACGAGCAGUACGAGAAGUACCUCAGCGAAGAGCAGAGCGUCACGCGGAAGAGGCACAUCCCAGACACGCGGGUCCACUGCUGCCUCUAUUUCGUGCCCCCAACAGGACACGCCCUCACGCCUCUGGACAUUGAGUUCAUGAAGAGGCUCGACAAAUGCGUCAAUAUCGUUCCAGUCAUAGCAAAGGCGGACACACUGACGCUCGAAGAGCGGAGCAACUUCAAGCAGAGGAUCCGAGAAGACCUGCAGAAGAAUGGAAUCAGUGUGUACCCCGUGCAAGAGUUCGAAGACGACCCCGAGGAAACUGUCCUCAACAACAAGAUCAGGGCCGCCAUUCCAUUUGCUGUUGUGGGCAGUGACAAGCAGCACACGGUGAACGGUCGCACGGUCUACGGCCGACAGACUCAGUGGGGGCUCGUCGAGGUGGAGAACAGACACCACUGCGAGUUUCCCGACCUCAGGGAUAUGCUUAUUAGGACUCACAUGCAAGAUCUCGUCGAAGUGACCAAGACGGUUCACUACGAGAACUUCCGCCACGAGAGGCUACAGGCGCGCCACGGCCACAUCAACGGACAUGGCAUCAACAUUGUGAACCUGAACGAGAGUAGCCUCUGAGACGUGCACAAAUGAUCGUCAAUUUUUUUGUCUUCCGCCUAUAUAUUUUACUUGCCCCUGACCUCCUAGCAUGCGCUGAGUUUGUUUGCUUGUAGAAACGUGAAGAUCACUAUCGUGUCUUAAUAUUUUGAGGUUGAUUCUGUCAACACAAAAUUUUGUAAAAUGUGAAGCCCGCAUUCUGUGCUAAAUGCUUUGCUUACAAUUCAGUGGUAUAUUAUAAGGUGUCACACAAAGGCGCAAUAUGGCAUUUUAUGCAUGACAAAACUGUUUGCUAAGCUGUUGAGUAUGUCAUGAGCACGCAUUUGGACGAGAUGAAGCAAUAACAAAAAGCAAACAGAUAUGUCUACAAGCAAAGAAAAAAAAAUCGCGAACUCGACUAUGUAAUGCAAAAAAAUAAGGGUACUGUUUUGAGAGUUAUUUUAUUAAUAUCACACAUAUCACAUUUCAGCGUUCCACUAGAUAUGAGUCGGGAGAAAUUCCUGCCUUUUCGUAGGGUCACAGCAAUUGUGUCAUUUUAUGUGAAAGUGUGCAGAGACAUCGUCAUGAAUGUCGUGCGUGUAGUAAUUAUGCUAGAUAGGUGAAACUAUAAGAACCGACGUUCGCUCUAAUUGUGAAGCAUCCCAUUUAUUCUUUGAGUCUUAAACAAGAAAGCAAUGCUCACAGCAACGCUCGUGUAGAGCCCAACCUGAAAACUUCGCAAGAUCUCAAAAGAAACGAGCAAUUCUUCUGGAAUCGCCGUACAUACGUAUGACAUUUGAAAAAGAGUGUCGAAACGAAGCUCGUUUGCUAAUUCUACGAUCGUAGUUUCAUGUAUUACCUGCAUCGCCACGUCACAUAGCCAAUCCCUUUGCCACAUCCCCAAGCGGAACAACAUGUUACAACCUUUUCAUGCGCCGUGGCAAGAAUCAGCUGGAGGAGCUGUUUGGCAACGAAUGCGUCUUCCGCUGUGCCAAGAAGACAGCACUUACUUAACUUUCCCACGCGUUGGGUAAAAAGUGACCAAAAGUGCUUACUGAUGUUCAAUGGUGAAAACAACUGUUGUUCUUCCAGUGAGAAACAUGAGAAUAUGCUCAGCUGCUGUAAUGAAUAACACAGGCUGUGACAGCUUAUGAAGUGGCAGUCCGUGCCCAAGUGAGACGUGGGUCUUCUAGUCAUGGCUUAAAUAUUGCAAGAUGAACAGAUGGAGUCGCCGUAUGUCAUCGUUCAGCAACUGCCCAUUUUAAUAAUCGCAAGAACUUUACGUGAAGUCCGGGUGGAACCAGUGCCGGCUUGAUGCUAGCUGCCAGACCUUUGCGAUAAAAGUCGCGAUAAAACUGACGUGGUGAGGAUAGAAGUACUGAGCUUGCAGACCGAGCGUGGCAAGUGCUUUAGUGAAAGAAAUAAGUAGUUAAAAAAAAGAACACUGUGUACAAUGUGUUGUGCAAAUUGUGUGUGUCCAGCAAAUUUCUCCGUUAUGUGGCAUCCUUGUAAAAUGUCUCUUGUCCCUUGCAGCCACCCAUGCAGCCGUUUAUACUGUCAAUACUGCUUUCUUUCCUUCUUACGAGACGAUGUAUAAAGAUCAUUUUAGUUUUUAGCCUAAACAUUACUGGGCCUAGGCAGAAACUACGGGGAGGGGUGGGCUUUAUUUGGACAGCUUCAUGGGGGGCAGAGCACCCCCUGAUGCCGGUUGGGGAAAUUUUUUUUAGAGCUUGUCUUCGGUUCUCGUUUAUUGACAACAGACUGUUGGCCGUCCUCUCUGGCAGUUAUUUCAGAGGGGGCUAUUUACGUCAGCACCUUUUUUCUUUCAGGCUUUCAAAAUUUGGAUCAUGGGCCAGUGACAAGUCAAACUUUCAAUGGAAAACGCCCCUCAAACGUAUAUGAGGGUGCGUGGUAUGUUGUGUUGAUGAACUUCAGCGACUGCUCAAGCUAUGACUAGUUAAAAGAGUUGCAAUUGGUUUUCACAAAACAAAAAUGCUUCUGAAAAUACAUACACAUUAUGCCCGACACAGUUAAUGAAUGAUUACACAGAAAUUUUCUCGCCAAUACAGAAAGUGUAAUUUUUUGUUGUCUGCAAAUUCCCUUUGACAUGCUUGCUAUGAAAGUGCCCAGAAAAAAUCGUACAUAUUUUUUUUCAUAAGCAAAGUGUUUACUACCAGUUGGCCCUUUGAAGAGCAACUCGUUUACUAAUCCACAACUAUUGGCAAAAAAAAUUGGGACCCCAGCUUAGCACAAGGUUUAGUGGUAACAAGUGGCAUUUACUAACAUAAAGUGAAAUAAAGUGUGGAAUUGGGCUAGUUGGUAAUCUAUUAAUAAACUUCUCAGCGCAAAAACUUCCGUCAUCUAACACAAGAGACGAGGACGAGCGCAGACUUUCAACUAAUUUAUUACUACUAACACGCACAUAUACAUGUUACAAAAUAGACGAUAAGAUCACUUGCUUAGGCAGAAACCAAAAAACACAAGAACAAAAAACACAAAACCAAAACGCAAGAAACCACGUGCUCACCCCGGACCCUCACGUGCCAAAUUUAAAAACGAAAAAAAAUUGGCAUAUUUAAUUAAAUUCGGCACGUGAGGCUCCGGGGUCAGCACGUGGUUUCUUGCAGUCUCUUUUGACUUUUUGGUUUUGUGUUUUUCGGUUUCUGCCUAAGCAAGUGAUCUUAUAGUCUUUUUUGUAGCAUGUAUAUGUGCGUCCUCGCAGUAAUAAAUUAGUUGAAAGUCUGCGCUUGUGCUCGUCUCUUGUGUUAGUUGUCGGAAGUUUUUGCGCUGAGAAGUUUAAUAAGGCAUUUACUAACAACUGAAGCCCAUUUUUGCAACUUUUAAGUUGAAUUUACUGGCAUAGCUAAAUCUACCUGUGUUAGCAAUAGCCCACUCUGUCCAGUCUUGUUCAUGUUGUAACAAAGUAAGCAAAGCAUGACAAUAAAAAAGUUAGGCAUAUCCCACUCAUUGCGCGAUUAGAUUUGAUGCCAAGGAGCCAGUGAGUAGUGGUCUAAGUGACAUUUUUUGCUUUUAGCUAUGGUUUGCGAAGUGGAUCGGAAUAAUUGUGCUAGUUAAAAAAAUAAACCUAGACUCUCUCACUUAAGAUCUUCAUAAUGAUAUUACGGUAUUGGCACCUAAGAGACAAGUUCUAUUAAUUCUUUUGAUUUGGAAACUGGAUUUUCUCUCUUUCACAACACACAUAAAGAAGUGUAAAUUCAAGGGCCUUUUUUUUUACAGACAAUGAUGCCAACGAAAGUAUAGAUGAUAUUAGCGAUAAAUGUAAUGUAAACGUGAGAAAAACAAAAGUGGACAAAGAGAUAAACUGCCAUCAGCAAUUCCGAGUAAUGCAUCCAAUGCUCUACCAACUGAGCUACAGAGGCGGUCAUCCCUCUGUUCACAUUACGAGAUUUAUAUGGGCGCUUAAACGUGGAAGUGUCGGCCAACUCCGCAAGUAACCAUUACGGCGAGUAUGGAACACCUUUUUUUUUGCCUGUUGGCGUCACACUUCUCUAUCAGAGAGAAGUGUAUGACGCCAACAGGCACACCUCUCUCUAUUAGAAAGAAAUUCCACAUUUCACAUGUAACGUUCCAAAUUCCACAUGUGACGUUCCAAAAGAGGACUUAGUACACAAAACAUUAUAGACCUUUUUUUUUAGUUGCUUGAGGAAACGGUAGAAAUAUUGCACUACAGUUGGCACACAAAUAUGGUGUGUUAUACUCCGCUGGUAACAGCUGCUUCUUAAUUGAGGCAGUGCCUGAUAGAGGUCGGUACUCUCGCAGUGAGUAGUACUCCCUAUCAGCUACCUAGAAACUCCUAUUAAGUAAAGUUACUACACAGGCUACCUAAAAGGAGGCCUAAUAUAACUCUUAUGAAAAGGAGUUAUGGUGUAGGUUCUCUGAAGGGUGCAUACACUAACAAAAGGCACAGAGGUGGUACGGCAAGUUUGUAUGUUGUUAGCUGUACUAUGCUAUAUCUUAUGUUCAGAUAAAAGGUGCUUUAAUUUAUUUCACUAUUCCUUAUUUAUUCUUAUUUUCAAAAGCUCUGUCCUCAGUAUCAACGGCACGUUUAUUAUUUUUACAGGACAAUAACUUGUGCAGCAUGAUCCAGUUUAUGCCUUUACUGUUCCCUGAACUACGUGAACUUCUUCCAAAAUAAUGAAAGCAUCGUUCAUGGAGCGAUGCAAUAAGAAAAGGUAUGAUGCCACACACAGUGAUCACUUAGAACAGUUGUAGAACAGUUGUGUUAUCUAAAGACUCUCGGAUGACGUUGCAGAAACACAGCUAUAUUUUUGACUAGGAAGAGUUUGUGAAGGCAAAGAUGAUUUAUUUUUAUGCAGCAUGUGCAUAUGUGUGUGAGUGCUGAAAAAAAAUGUCCAAAUAAAGUAAUAUGCAAAGUAA